GUUCAUUGUAUGAGAUAACAUCAUCAUGGCUCCAUCAGAGGAAACCAAUAUCGUUGAAGCCAUGCAACUCAAGCACGUGGAAGAAGAGCAAGAUGGUCUCUUCUUUGCCCUGAACAUGGUGUCUAGUGCGACGUUCCCUCUUGCGGUUAAGACAGCGAAUGAGCUUGGUAUCUUUGACAUCAUGGCCAAAGAAGGUGAAGGUGCAAAGCUCUCAGCACAAGAUAUUACAGAAAAACUUGGCAUAAAGAACCCACAAGCACCAACUAUGUUGGAUCGGAUUCUGAGGCUGUUGGCCAGUCACUCCAUGCUAUCUUCGUGUCUUGGUGAAGAAGGCCAAAAUUCUGGGAAGAGACUCUAUAGCCUCACCUAUGCUUCCAAGUACUUUGUUUCUGAUGCUGAUGGUGUUUCAUUUGGAGCUUCCUUGAACUUGAUUCUUGGCAAGGUCUGCUUGGAUAGCUGGACUGAACUGAAAGGAGCCAUCGCGGAAGGUGGCAUAGCAUUCAACAGGGUUCAUGGGAUGAAUGCAUUUGAGUAUUCAGCGGUGGAUCCUACGUACAAUGAUGUUUUCAACAAAGCCAUGUUCAACAUUACCACCAUAAUCACAAAUAGGGUUCUUGAGCUCUACGAUGGUUUCAAGAACAUUAACAGGCUGGUGGAUGUUGGUGGUGGUCUUGGGAUCAAUCUCAAACUAAUCACUUCAAAAUAUCCCAAUCUUCAAGGUGUUAACUUUGACUUGCCACACGUCAUAGAACAUGCCCCUACCUACCCUGGUGUGGAACAUGUAGCAGGAGAUAUGUUUGAGAGUGUUCCUAAUGGAGACGCCAUUUUUAUGAAGUGGAUACUUCACGAUUGGGGUGAUGAAGAGUGUGUGAAGUUGCUGAAGAACUGCUACAAAGCUAUUCCCAGUGAUGGAAAAGUGAUUGUUGUGGAUUUGAUUGUUCCUGCUUUGCCUGAAAGUACAGUUAUUGCGAGGAAUGGUUACCAAGCUGACAUAUUGAUGAUGGCUCAAAACCCAGGAGGGAAAGAGAGAACCCAAAAUGAGUUCAUGGAAUUGGCAUUAUCUUCUGGUUUCAGUGGCAUCACAUUCGUCUGUUUUGUCUCUGGCUUCUGGGUUAUGGAGUUUUACAAGUAGACACCAUCUUUUUACCUAUUGUGUCUUUAACUGUUACUUCUGUUAUUCGGUUUUCUUGCAAUUUAUAAAUAAUAUCAUGGUUGUACUAUUUCCAACGUAAUCGUACCAUUCAUCGGUGAGGAUAUUUUUAGUA